ACACAAAUGUUAUAUACUUUGCUUAUCGUUUGUUAAUUAAUCUUGUUGUGUUCUUGUGUACAUACAUACUGUUUUGUUGUAUAUGCAACAAAAAGUUAAUUGCAUAAAUAUAUGUAUAAGCUGUAAAAGGGCGUGAUUGUGUGAAUCUUGUUGAUAUUUACUAUGUUUGAAAUGAUGACUUUUUGGAAUAUUAUGAGAUUGGUUCAAGGAGGAACAAGGAGCGACAUAAACAAUAUUACUUACAGUUUUAAAUAUCACAAAAAGCCAAUCCUAGCAUCAUUCGCCGAAGUAAUAUGUGUUGAUAUAUAACAAACUGACAUAUUAAUUAGUGAGAUACGCAGAUUAUGGAUCGAAUAAUUAGAUUAUGCAGCAUCCUGAUCUUGAUGAAUCUGGUGGUGAUGAGCAUGGGUGGUGGGAUUGAUUAUGCGCCUCCAAUACACAAAUUAGAGAGCAAGAAUUUAUGCGACCAGUGUUCAACAUGUGAUCAUAAGACCAAAACAUGUCCAGCAAGUGAAACCUACCCUCACAUGACUGCCUUUGAUGACACCCUUAUUGCUGGAGCACUGCAGUCUGACUAUGUUAAUGCAAGUGAUAGAGGUGUUUACUCGGUACCCAGUAUUGUGGGUGGCCAGUCUUUGGAGUACAACGCCUAUUUCGGAUGGGAAUCCACCUCCGGAUCUGCUUCGGGUUAUCAUAGGUUCAGUAACUAUAUGGAUAAAUGUUCAGGGGGACAAAACUUCUUGACAGUUGAUAAGCAUGGUGAAGUGAAGCUCCGGUCUUUGACUUCUUUGGAAAGCUUGGCUUUUGCAGAUUGGAAAUCGAUUAAUCCACCCAAGCAUUUGAACCACAGGCAGUUUAGAUUUUGGGUAUCUCGUGCUACUGGAAAAUGUCUCACGGUGUUUGGAGGGAAUACAAAGAAACGAGCGUUGGGAGUAGCUGAUUGCAAGUUUGAUGGAGGAAAUACGGGUCAACUAUUUGCCUUUCGCUUCCAUUAUCACUAUUCGUUUUGUUGUUGUGGUCGCUACAAUAGUUAAUCACGACAUAUACUAUUCUCGUUGAAAUAAUUAAAAGUGUGUGAAUGGUAUAAUUGUAACAUUAAUUCUUGAAAAAGUCUCCUCUUGAGAAACAAGUCAAGAAACAUAAUUUUAUAUGAAUCGUCUUGAAUUCCAUCAAGUAGUAUGAAUAAAUUUUGAAAA